UUGAUACACAGCGACAUUUGCACAACAAACAUAAUUUCUCUUUUGCACGCUGCUUCCAUCCCUCACCACCCAGGACAAACCAGUCACCACUGCGCUCUGCACCGCGCCGAUUGUUGCUCUGCUGCGCGAAACACGAUUUUGCGCAAAGAGGAAACAGCUUUUAAGCACCCGGCGGUGAAUAACCCUCCAGGAACUGUGACAGGCGUCGACUAGACGCACGCCGUGCUCCUUCCCCGCCGGCCCCACCACCGCGCACACCACACUCUUGUUAUAGAGAGCGGGCGCGAUGGUAAAGGUUAAGAUAGAGUUCAGCGGGGGACUGGAGCUGUUGUUUGGGAACCAGAAGCAACACGACGUGGACGUGCCGGUGCAGGAGGGGAAGCAGGAGCUGACGGCAGGGCACUUGAUCGCGUGGACGCGAGACAACAUGCUUCGAGAGCGGCCGGAGCUGUUUGUCAAGGGCCACACCGUGCGCCCAGGCAUCCUGGUGCUCAUAAACGAGUGCGACUGGGAGCUCAGUGGCGCCACCGAGUCGACGAUCAGUGAUGGCGACGUGGUGGUUUUCAUCUCGACGCUGCACGGCGGCUAAUGUGUCUCCGAUAGUACACGAGUGUAAUGCAUAUAAUGUAAUGUGUAAAUAGGGCUGGCCGAGAGCUGUUUAUGGCCGAGUCACGGUAGUAGCCCAGCCUUUCGACGUCGACUGUAUGCUUGCAUAGUCACAAAUAUAUGUAAAUCUGGAAAGCU